GAAGAAGUCGCCUGCUGGUGACGUAUUUUCACCGCGACGCUCAACUUUAGCGGGAGAGCUUACAUUUAAAGCGUUUUCUGGAAGAAAGUAACUUUAUUUAGGUGUAAAAAUGCUUAAAAGGAAAUCAAGCAGCUCCGAAAAGAAAAGGAAACACUCGCAGUCUGAAGAACGACACGAAAGCAGCAAACGAAGAGGUACAGAAUCCAACUUAGAGGAGUCCAAGGAUGAACUGGCCGACCCAGAGCUGGACAGGAUUGGCAGUGACAUAGAGGAAGGAGGACUGGAUCUCAGCCUGCCCUUCCAGCCCAUCACAGCUUAUGUCAGUGACAAGUCAGAGAUGCUGCAGCAGUGUUUCCAUGUGUUGGGGGAGAAGAAGCUGAGGAAGAUGCUGCCUGAUGAGCUCAAGGACUGUAGUUUAGAAGAAAUCAAAACUCUCUGCCAGGAGCAACUGGAGACGAUCUCGGAGAAAAAUCUCAUUCAGAUCUUAGCAGGGGAAGAGCUGACAAGUGGAAAUGGCAACGAAAACUCUGAGGAGACCUCAGAGAGUCAGCAAGACAGUAAUGUAGACUCUACAUCAUGCCUCAAGGAAACUGCAAAAACUGAGGACCCAAAGCAAGAAGGUGGAGGCUCAGGAGAGGAAAGCGACGUUCUGAGCAUCAAUGCAGACACUUACGAUAGUGACAUAGAAGGAACGAAAGAAGAGCAAAAUGUGAAAUCUGUGGAUGUGGCAGUGAAAGCAGGAGACACUGGAGGGCAAAGCUCCAACCCGAAUGCAAACCCUGCAAAUCCAGAGCCUAAGAAAGACAUUCAAAGCGACAUUGACAAGAGCGUUAGUGAGAUUUUGGCCUUUUCUUCAAGCAAAGAUGUCGCUAAAGAACAGCCGCUACAACCUGCAGAUGUGAACUUACCUGCUCAGGCCGUUUCCAGCGGCACUGCUGCAGUUUGUCAGCCAUCGAUUCAGCAACUGGAGCUGCUGGAGCUGGAAAUGAGGGCGAGGGCCAUAAAGGCUCUGAUGAAAGCAAGUGAUGGGAAAAAGAAAGUGGCGUAACUAAAAAUCUUCAGCAUGUUUUAGUGUAAAAAUGAUGAUCUGUUGCUUGUGGUUGAAGUAUGUGACUCACCGGCUGAUUUGUUGUUGGGUGAAUGUCAUUUUGCUCCAUAUUGGAAUUAUUUUCAUGUGAAAUUAAACCUGUAAGCCUGU